AUGGUUAACACAUUCCACCCUUACGCCGCCGCCUCCGCCCGCAUCCGCAACUUCUCGACCCCCUUCUCGCUCCGGAAGGAGAUCCCCUGGUGGUACCAGAUCCAAGACCCGGGAUCCGAACGCGUGACCCUCUGGAACCACAUCUUCUUCGUCAUCUGCAUCAUGGGCCUCUUCCUCGACCCCAUCUACUUCUUCCUCCCCAGCAUCGGCGGCUCCUCCUGCAUGAAAAUCGACAUGGGCCUCGGCAUCAUCGUCACCUUCCUCCGCACCGUCUUCGACUUCUUCUACAUCUGCCAUGUCGCCGUCAAGUUCAGGACUGCUUUCAUCGCUCCCGGGUCUCGGGUUUUCGGGCGAGGCCAGCUCGUCAUGGACCCCCGGGCAAUCGCCCUCCGCUACCUCAAAUCCGACUUCUCUAUCGACCUCGCCGCCGCCCUCCCUCUCCCACAGAUUAUGAUUUGGUUCAUAAUUCCAGCAGUGAAAACCCCAACAGCUGCCCAUGCUAACCAUACCCUUUCUCUGAUUGUUCUGCUUCAAUAUGUUCCUAGAUUUAUUCAAAUUUUCCCGCUGAACCGGCGGAUUACUAAAAGUACUGGUGUUGUAGCCAAGACUGCUUGGUCAGGGGCUGCAUACAAUCUCGUUCUGUUUUGUCUAAUUGCACAUAUUGUUGGGUCUACGUGGUAUGUGUUGUCCAUUCGACGACAGUAUGAGUGCUGGAAGGGUGAAUGCAGCAAGGAAAUUAAUAAAACACACUCUCCAUCCUGUAAAAUUUCGUUUCUUGAUUGUAGCAGUGAAGGCAACCCCGAACGCGAUGCUUGGCUCAAGAUCACAAAGGUGGCAGAAAGUUGUGAUGCUAAUGACGACCAAGAUUUCGAGUUUGGAAUGUUUGCUGAGGCUUUCACUAACGAGGUUGCUGGUGCAGUGUUUAUUGAAAAAUACUUCUAUUGCCUCUGGUGGGGUAUGAGAAAUUUAUGUUCAUAUGGACAAGAUAUUGAGACAAGCACUUCCGCCAGUGAAACCUCAUUAUGCAUUCUCAUUUCCAUUCUUGGUCUCGUUCUCUUCUCACAUCUCAUGAGCCAGAUGCAGACCUAUCUGCAAUCUGCAACGAUUAGACUUGAAGAAUGGAGGGUUAGAAAAAGAGACACAGAGGAGUGGAUGAGGCACCGUCAACUCCCUCCAGAAUUGCAAGAACGUGUUCGUCGUUUUGUUCAAUAUAAGUGGAUUGCCACAAGAGGGGUAGAUGAGAAAAACAUUCUGGAGGCUUUGCCUACGGAUCUCCGCCGUCAAAUUCAAAGGCAUUUGUGUCUUGCCCUUGUCCGCCGUGUACCCUUUUUCGCACAAAUGGAUGAUCAGCUUCUGGAUGCCAUAUGUGAACGCCUCGAGUCAUCCUUGAAUACCAGGAACACAUACAUCAUCAGGGAAGGUGAUCCUGUGAAUGAGAUGCUUUUCAUCAUCAGAGGGCAACUUGAGAGCUCCACAACUGAUGGUGGAAGGACAGGGUUCUUCAACUCAAUAACCCUCAGAGCCGGUGACUUCUGCGGCGAAGAGUUGCUUACAUGGGCCUUGAUGCCUACAUCAAGCCUCAACCUUCCAUGCUCAACUCGAACGGUGAAGUCUCUAACAGAAGUCGAGGCAUUUGCACUGAGAGCUGAAGAUCUCAAGUAUGUUGCGAAUCAAUUCAAGCGCCUUCACAGCAAGAAACUGCAGCAUGCUUUCAGGUACUAUUCACACCAGUGGAGAACAUGGGGGGCUUGUUUUAUACAAGUUGCUUGGAGGAGGUUUAGGAAGAGAAAGUUGGCAAUGGAAUUGGCAAAGGAGGAGGAGUAUUAUUACACACAUGUUUUGGACCAAGAAGACCUUGGCAACAGCAAUUCAGAAUCAAGAAUAGGAGGUGGCAGUACAGAUUAUGAGGGUAGAGGUGCUGAGAGAUCAUCAUCAGUGGGAAAUAUUCUGCAUAAUAUUCCACUUGGGCCUGCAAUUUUGGCAUCUAAAUUUGCGGCAAACACCAGAAGAGGGAUUCAGAAGGUGGCAUCAGCACUUCACCACGAUGAAAGCAGCUCCACCAUGCCCAAAAAACUGUUCAAGCCAGAUGAGCCUGAUUUUUCAGCAGACACUUGA